GGCACAUUUAAGUUCAAAAAGUUUGUAGCUUCCAAGUCUUGUGACUACCAUAAAGAGUUUGCUUGUAAGUGAAAGCACUGACUGUUUAAUCGAACACUGCCGAUGCUGGACUUGGAAAUGGACAAACUAACUUCAUUAAAAAAGUACUUAUUGUUAUCGGCACAUUUAAAUUAAUGAGCUUUUUUUCAAUACACAAUAUUUUGUGUGCAUUUGUAUGCUGAUUGCCUCACAGUGCUUGCCCAAUUUGGAUGGAAUGCUGGUGAACAUCAUUGGACAGUUUUGCUGCGUCUGUUAUGGCUGUUACAAGCUUUGGGAGCUUGUUGUGCUCAAACCACUUCACAAUACUCACUCAUUAUUGAACGCUGCGCUAAAAAGCACUCGAUCACAAUGAUCGUUACUGGAGAAGCUCGCCGAACGCGUGGAGAGUGAGUGGAGCGUUGACGACGUUUUGAAUUUCACGAGAAGGCCAAGACACCAGGCCAGCUACCAAGCACACUACGAACGUUAAGAUAACAGCGGCGUAGCAGUGAGAACAAAAAAAGAAAAAGCAAAAAUAACAGCACACAUCUCAGCAGUCUAACACUCAACACGGGGAAUAUUGACUUAGCUUUUUUUGUUAUAGAUCGAGAAGCAUUGCGGGGAGUUUUGCCAUUUGUGGCGUUUUAAUGCCAACCUGACUGACCGGCAGGAAAGCGGGCACCAUUUACAGACGCGCAGAGCUGAGUACGAUCACCAAAGCAACGAAAAAUUAUGAUAAUUAAAAAAGUUUGAGUCAAAAAGUAACGAGUUGAGUAGAAAUUGAAUUUUGUGUGCAUUACAAAUGGCACUCGGAGCGAUUGUGAACGCAACUAGCUCGACGACAGGCGGCGCGACACUUGCGAUUUACGUGUCGAACGGGUGAGAUUGUCAAGAUCCAAAGCGCGCGCUCGGUUACCAACGCCAAGAUCACUUGAGUGACAACAACAGCAAUAAAGUUGGUACUUUUAUCACACAAUGAACAUAGAAAACAGUUAAGAAAUUCCAGCAGAAAGAAAAGCGAAAACUAUAAAUAAUAACAAGCAAGAGCAAAAGUAAAUAAAACACAACAAAUAUUUGAGAAACAAGAUCGCCAACGCGACGCGUUUCAAAUCAUAUUAUAUUUUGGGUGACAGUGCGUGCGUAGAUUCCGCGAGUUCUGAGUGUGCGAGUUGGCCAAUAAGUGUACAAGUGAAAUCAGAAGACGCAGUUAGUGCAGAAGAGUUUGUGUUUAAAAAUACAUUUUAUUUUAGUUUUAAUUUUUUCGUUUGCAAACUGAAAGCGCCAAAGUUUUUAGGUAAAAUGGUCGAGACUGCAAAAAUAACGACUUUUACGCGUACGACCACUGCCGUGCCAGCGCCUGCCUCAGCACCAGCAGCUGCAACGACGCCAGCAAUCGCGCCCGUCACAGCAGCAUCCGCUACGCCGACACCGACAGCAACAACGGCGGCCAGAAAUGCGCAAGGUAACGAUGAGACCGCGCGUGGCAUCUACAACCUGAAGGUGAUCGUUUUCUUUUUGCUGCUGCCGCUGAUCCUGUUUGCCGUAUUUCUAAAGCAUUUGCUCGACUACCUGUUUGGGUUGGGCGAGAAACCGAAGGAUGUGCGCGGCAAAGUCGCUGUGGUGACCGGUGCAGGUAAUGGCCUUGGCCGGGAAAUCGCCAUUGAGUUGGCCCGAAAGGGUUGCAAAUUGGCCAUUGUGGAUGUGAACUCAAAAGGCUGCUAUGAAACAGUUGACCUCAUUACCAAAAUACCCGGUGCUGUGGCUAAAGCGUAUAAGACAGAUGUUUCGUCGCCGCGUGAGUUACAGUUGAUGGCGGUGAAGGUCGAGAAGGAGUUGGGUCCAGUUGAAAUAUUAGUCAACAAUGCCUCGUUAAUGCCUAUGACCUCUACACCACAUUUGACCAAUGAUGAAAUUGAAACCAUAAUUACGGUCAAUUUGGGCUCAUAUAUUAUGACUGUUAAGGAGUUUCUACCGAAAAUGGUGGCACGAAAAUCUGGACAUGUUGUGGCCGUGGCCGCUUUAGCAGGUUUAGUACCGCUGCCCGGUGCUGGCAUUUACACCGCCACGAAGUAUGGCAUUUUGGGCUUUAUGGAGGCGUUGCGCGGCGAAUUGCGCCUUUCCGACUGCGACUACAUACGCACCACCGUGGCAAAUGCCUAUCUAAUGAAGACUAGUGGCGACUUGCCCUUACUCAGCGAUGCGGGCAUAAUGGCCAGUUAUCCGGGCUUGCCGACACCCUACGUCGCCGAGAAGAUCGUACGCGGUGUCCUCUACAAUGAGCGCAUAGUGUACGUGCCGAAAAUAUUCGCGCUCACCGUGUGGCUGCUCAGAUUGUUGCCCACUAAAUGGCAGGAUUACAUGUUGCUGCGUUUCUACCACUUCGAUGUACGCAGCGCCCAUCUUUUCUACUGGAAAUAAGUAAACGGCUAUCCACGGUCCAGCAUUCCCACAAACAUACAUACAUACAGUACACACAUGUGUGCCUUUCCAACCGAUACAGUAGGCGUAUGUGUGUUCAAGUUGGUGUCCGCGGCGGUUGUUGGCUUAUAAUGUGUGUGUUCCAGUCCAGCAGACAGCCCGGCGCGUCUUCAAAUCUUUAUAAGCUUAUGCCAUAUAUAUAAUACAUAUGUAUGUACUUGUAUGUACUAUGUAUUGCCUUGCUCCUCCAUCCAGUUUGCGGUCACACUUUAUUGCAUUAUCGGCGCUGCUGCCGCACACAUGUUUGCAUUUAGCUUCUUCUUUCACAUUUAUAUUGUGAAGCCUUAAUUUGAUUAUCACAUUUCGUAUUGAAAACUUUAAUUGCUUUUUUUUUUUUCUAAAUGUAUUUUAACUAUUUUGUGUUUUCGUAAAGCGUUACACUUUUAUAUUGUUAGUGUAUUAAAUAUAUAUUUAGCAUAAGAGUACAAUGUUAGUCAUAUCUACUAAAUAAAUAUAUACUUAUAUUAACACAUAAAAAUAA